UUUAAAUGUAAAUAUGGGCAUUUGUUUGAAACUUUAAUGAACAUAAAACGGAAUUAAAAUGUAAUGAAAAGCCUGAAGUUCAUAGGAACUAGCAUGAUUAUAUAAUGAGUUGUUUUAUAUAACUGCCAUAUGGCCUAAUUAGGUUAUAAUCAGAUUUGUUAAAAGAUGUGAAAAUAUGCUGAAAUUUUUUAAACCAGAGUGAUAGUCUCUUUUACAAUUCGUUGAAUUUUAGCAAAGUAUGCUUCAAAUAAUUAAUCAUUACCUAAGAGGCAAUUUUGCUCUUAAUGAAACAGUUCUUUGACUUUUCCUGUUUUUAAUAUGAAUAUUCACAUAGUUGGAAAAAAGACAUUAAGUAGAAUGAUUUUCAUUAUAAUUUUUAAUAACUAUUGCCUGAUCAAUGAAAAUGAGGAAUAGACAAGACUAAAUGCAAAUUUGGUUUAUAAUAAAGCAUAUGAUUUAUUUUUAGAACCUUGAUGAGCAUUAUUUACAGUUUUGCCAUCUCUUUUUAUAGCCAUAUCUAGUAUGGACAGAAAAGCCAGAAAUUGGGCUAUGUGUGGAUUACAAAUUUCUCUGCCUUGCCUACAACUAGCUCUAUUGUUUUUAGCUUUUUUUCUUUUUUUGUUGCUUCAGAAAGAGAUUUUGGGAUGUCUGUCUUUUUGCCACCUUUAUACUAGGAGACAAAUUAACUGUCAUAAGUUAGGCCUUUCUGUCAUUCCCAAGAAGUUUCCUAAAAGUACAAUGCUUUUAUAUCUGUGGGGAAAUAAUUUAAUCUACGUAAAAUCAAAUGAAUUGAUCAAUCUUUAGGCUCCUGUAGCUCUAUAUUUGGGCAGCCUAGCAUUUUAUAUGUAUCUCCCAGAAGUUUUUGUUAACUUGAAGAAACUAUAUUAUCUAUACCUAAAUGAUAAUUUAAUAAAAUGCUUAAAUACAGGAAUAUGUUUAGCUCUUUGUCACUUAUAUUUACACUCUAAUCAGAUAACAUUUAUUCCAAGAGAAUUAUUUAGUAAGAUAGCUUGAAUUCAUUUUCUUACCCUGCAAAGAAAUCAUCUCUUUGUCCUUGGAAAUUAGAAUCUUCUCUGGAAUGAUUAGUCUUCAAACUCUUAAGUGAGGAUCAAAUUUCAACGAUAUCAGACUCAGCAUUUUUUCAUUUUGAAACUUAAGUGUUUGUACCUUGAAGGAAACAGUUUAACAAAAGUCUCCUCAAAUGCUUUUGGUAUGCUUACAAACUUUAAAAGGCUUUCUUUGUCUCAUAACCAUAUUGAUUCACAGCCUUUUGCAUUUAAAGGACUAGUCAAGUGGAAAUAUCUAUUUCUGGAAAAUGCAGUAAUUAAUCAAUUUGAUGGAAUUAAUAAUCUUAACUUAAGCCAGAAUGAUUUGGAAAAUUAUUUAAAUUAUAAGUUUAGAUUAUUAGACAACUUAAUUUACCUGCAGUUAAAUAGAAACAGAAUAAUCAGCAUUGACAGUAAUACAUUUUAAACAGUGGGAACUUCAUUAAAGUUUCUUAAUCUGUCAUUUAAUAAUCUUACAGACCUGCAUCCUAGAGUUCUUAAACCCUUAUCUUCAUUGAUACAUCUUCAAGCCAAUUAUAAUCCUUGGAACUGUAGCUACAAAUUGUUGAGCCUACGUGUAACAACUUUAGCCAUCUAUUGUCAAAAUCCUCCAUCAAUGCGUGGCAGAGCUUUGCAUUAUUUUAAUUCGACUGAAUUUACAGAUUGGCUUACUUCUCCAACUGAUGGAUCACCAGCUUGGGCAAUAGAAUCUCUUCAGAUCCAUUAAAAGACUAUGGCAUUAAUGAUGGCCUGGCAUAAAAUACCUACAUUUGAGAAGUCUGAAACUGAGAGUGUUACUUACCUUCAAAGGAGAGUUUUGACUUCAACUCCCAAUAGAUUUUUUCAAGAACAUGCUUUUGAGAAUCCAUCAGAGACAACGACAGUGUUGCCGGUACAAAUACAGCUUAACCCUGUUAACUUGAGUAUGGAAAACAGUAGUGUCCUUCCAACUGAUACUGUCUCUUUAGCACAAGAGACAGCUUUGAUAUGUACACAAGAGAUUGAGAAGUGGAAUCAGGCUUUUGACAUUUUGUUAGUUUUUUUCAUUUUAGCUUGUGUUGUGAUUAUUUUUCUCACCUAUAAGAUUAUUCAAUUUAAACAAAAACUUAAGACACAAGAAAAUUCAGGGGAACAUAAAUUAGAAUACUACAGUUUUUAUCAGUCAGCUAGGUAUAGUGUUACAGAACCCCUUUGUGUGAGGGCUCAGAAUCCACUAGGAAGAAGAGUUAUGGAGCAAGUUGAACUUCCUAAACAAAUAAUGCCUGAAAGUCAGGCACAGGUCAUCCUGUUCGAACAUUCUGCCUUGUGAUCAUAUUCAUUUUAACUCUUUGUGUGAACUAUAAUUAUCUGAUUUGUCUUAAAAGCAUACAAAAAAUUUAAUGACACAUUCAUAUUUGAUACAUAAAAUGUUACAUCAAUGUAGCAUUACUAAAUGUAGCAUUAUUAAAUAAUGUAUAUUUAUACAUUAAAUAAUGUAUAACAACUUUUUUGGUGUUACUGUAAAAUGAUACAUUAGGUUUCUGAUUACUAAUGAUACUAUAGUACUAUAGUAAUAGUGUGGUAUGUAGUACAAUAAUGAGUACAUAGUGAAUACCCUGGUCAAUUAUACUGAUCAUUUAUAAUCAGAACAUCAAGCAUAUUAUAAAUGUAUUGCUUCUUUAUUAUCCCUUAUUCCAUUAUUCAUAUGUAUGAAAAUUUUCCCCUAAAACAUUUGUUUUUUCAUUAUUUCUGAUGUUCAUAUUCUCCUUUAAAUGUUUUCUAACUAGUCAGUUAUGGGUAAAAUCAUUAUAAAAAUGACAAAAUAAUUUGAAAUUGAGUCAGAAAAUUAUUACUGACAGUAUUUUGAGACUGAAGUAUUUGUGUAAUAAAAUAUCUGGAAAGUCAUCACA